GUGAACAGCACAUCUUUGAAAUUUUUUUUGAACGAAACAUUUGAAAAACAAAUUAAAUGUGAAUUAUCACGCUAAGAAAAAUUACGAAGUGUUUCUCACAAAAAUAGGAGUUUUCUCCGUCAAUAUUUUCGACUUUAAAGUGAUAAAAAAUGAAACGAAAUAUGAAACGUUGAAAAAAAAUUUCUGCUAUAUUGGUUUAAAAAAUUGGAAAACGAAAAAACGAAUUCACCAAGAGUAAAUUGUGCUAAAAAAUACUCAACUUUUAAAAAAAUUCAACUACCUAUUUUCAAAGUCUAGUCAUUUGACGUGCCUAUCUACCCACUUGUUCCAAACUUUAUGUACAUAUUUAUCUGUAAUCAAGCAUUGAGGGUCAUAAACUUUAUACGUAAACCUUUUUUCAAUAUAAUUUAAACUUUUACUGAGCAUUUAUUUUUUGAAAACGUAGAUUCUAUUCAAGAGGACAUUGAAUUUGAAACACUCAAUAAGAUGAAGAUAUUGAUACCUUAAAACUCGAGCCUAUUCAGGGGGAAAAAAUCUAGGACCCCUGAAUGUUGUAUGUAUUUUUCCAAGCUGAAAUCAACACGUUCUGGUACCACUUAAAAAUUAAAGAGGUAUCAAUUCUUGGAUUCAAGUCGACAAAAUGCAGAAACUCGAAUCCAAUUUUUUGAAAGCUAAAUGUAGGAUUAUAAUAUCAUAUUUCUGAAGCAUUUUUCAGGCCUCCAAAGCCUACUUUUCUAUAGGAAAAAAUGAAAAAUUGAUAAAAUUGAAGCAGAAAUCUAUUACUUAGUUUAUGUUCUAUUUUUGAUCUUUCAAGCCAAUUGAUGGAAAUUUUGAGCCCUUUUGGAGCUCUCAGUGGAUUUUUAAAUUUUUCUUAGUUUUGAAAAAAAUUUUUUAGGAAAAAGAAGCAGAAAAUGAGUUUAGCAUCUUUUAGCACAGUAGGAUCAAAAAAUCUGCUAGAGGUCUAGAAAGACUCGAAAACAACAACAAUAGAUUUGAGGAGUCAAAAAUAAGGCACAAAUCAAAUUUCGGAUUUCCAUCACAAUUUUAUCAAGUUUCGAUGAUCUUCAAGAAUUGGGCCAAAUCGGAAUCUUUAAAAAUCCACUUUGACUUCAAAAAUGAAAUUCAGGAUUAUAAAUUUGGUCUGGUGGUGUGGAAAAAGAAAAUGUGAAAUUUUGUAGGUACUGGUAGUUAUUCAUAUAAUUGAAAAACUCUGACAGACGGUUUAAAGCUAAGAAGGAAGUGAGCAUGUAGAAUUGUAGAGAUGAAAAAUGAAAAUAAAGAUUGAAGAGUUUUUUUUUAAAAUUUAAUAGAGGUUAACAAAAAGUCAUGGUCAAAUGACCUCAACAAGAUAUAGGAACAAAUUUUCAAAUCAAUGUUCAAAUUCUUCAAUAAGAGCUCAAAGUUGAAAAAUUUUUCAAUUUUUUUAAAUUUCAGGGUGUCUAACAAAAUCUGAAAACUAAAAAGAAGGACUUCUGAAGGACUUUGGAAGGACCUUUUCCAAAUUAAAAAUGCACCUACUGACCCCCCUUCAUUCAUUUUUACAAAAUUGCCAAAAAAAAAUCAAAAAUUUAUAAUUUAAAAAAAAAAAAUUAAUAAUAUUCAAAAUAGACCUGAUCUUGUCUAAUGACUACCAAAUCCAAAAAACGAAAUUUCGUACUUUUUUCGUAUUUUUUUCAUGCAACAUAUUUUUAAAUUGUACUUCGUCACGCCUCACGUACCCUCGCUUACUUUUUAGACAUCAAAAUUGAGUAAAAGGGAAACUAUUUUGAUAAAAAAAUUUAAUAUCAGAGAUGGUACUUGAAUUAUUUUUCUCAAAAAAAUUACUUUAGUAGGUAACCAAAAAGUAAUCAAAAAAGUGACUAAAAAGCUUCCUCCCCUCCACACCAAGAUUUUUUCCAACCAAUUGGCCAGAUGUGGUUCGAACCAUUUUUUAAAAAGGGAAGUUGGAAACAAAAAUGUCGAAUAAAAAAUUUAUUUGAUAUUUUUUCAUUGAUUGGAUUAUGUUUUUGGAAUUUCUCGAGUUAAUUUUUCCAUUCUAGGAAAUGUUUGAAAAUUGUUGUAGUAGAAUUGCAAUCUGACCUAGCGAAGCGAGGGUGAAAACUGUGAAAAACUGAUAAUUCAAAACGUAAAACAUCAUUUUUUAUGCAAAAAGUUGAUUUUUAUAGCUUCAAAAUUUACAAAUUUUAAAAAUUUUCAGAAAAUUUCAAAUAUAUUUAUUCAUCAUAGUUAAAAACAUGAAUGAACGCCCGAGCGAAGCGAGGGCAAAAGCUUUAGAAAAUUCACAACUCCUGAGUAAUAAAACAGCAUUAUUUUUGAUUUGAGGAGUCAUAUUUUUCUACCCUUUAAUUUCGGACAGAGAAAAGAAAAGAAAAUUGAUCUAGCCCGAGCGAAGCGAGGGUGAAAGCUGUGGAAAAUUGAUACAAUAUGAGACGUAAAAGAACACCAUUCCUAAUUUUUAUUAAAUUUUCAUUUGGAGUUCUUAAAAUGAUUGUUCUCUCCUUCAAAAUAAUUAUGAUAAUUUUACAAUUACUUCCAUGAGAUGGUAUAAUUAUAGUUGAAAUCUAAUUUUAUAAUUUACAUUUAAACAUGAUGAACAGAUGGUGAGAAAAAAAAUAAAAUGUUGAACUCUCACAGAAGGGUUGGGCAUUGACAUAUAAAUUUAAAAAUUUUGUACAUCGAAGAAAAAAAGAUGAACCAUUUUAAUGAAAUGCUGAAGAUUUAUCCGCAAAAAAAUUAGCCCAUACCGAAAAAUGAAAUAAAAUAACACCAUUUCUCUACAAUAUUGAAACAAAAAAAAAAAAAAAAAAUUCUCCAAUUAUUACACGUUGUUGGCAAUUCGGAACACGGGUGAUACACAUAUCUCAAGAUAAGCAUACCAGACUUCAUUCAAGUGUCUAAAAAUGAUACGAUACGUACAAUAAAAUUGAUUCAGUCGUGAUCGUUACAUGUACAAGUUUAACCUUACUAAUCAAUUUGCAACAAGUAAUUAUUUUAAUUUUUUACCAACCAGAAAAAAUGAUGGCAAAAUCGAGGGAAAUGAACCAAUUCUUAUCACUUAUGACAGUGGCUUUUAACGAACUUUCGCUAGGUAUGGCGAUUGGUUGGCUAGCUCCAACUUUGAUCAAACUGAAAGACCCAAACGGUACUUUUAAAGCAACGUUGGAUGAAAGUUCAUGGUUAGCAUGCUUAGAAUACGUAGGCGCAAUACCUGGAGCAAUUUUCACCGCAUUUGCACUCGAUAUCGUCGGUAGAAAGAUUUUACUGAGUUCAGCGGCGUUUGCAUUUUUCUUAAUGUGGGUGAUCAAUGCCUUCACCACUUCUAUGCGAGUUCUUUGCGUGACUCGAUUCAUUUUCGGAGUCUUUGCUGGUCUAAAUGAUGGCACAAAUUCAACCUACUUGGCUGAGAACAGUUCGCCCAAGAUUCGUGGUACAUUUGCGACCGUAUGUUUAACACUUUAUUACAUAGGUUUAUUACUCGAGUACGCGAUAGCUUCGUAUUUUUCGUACACUACUACCGCAAUUGUAAACGCAGUCAUUACGUUUAUGACAUUCUUGUCGGUGAUAUGGAUCAAGGAGCCGGUACAAUAUUUGCUUAUGAAAGGAAAACUCGAACAGGCGAAGAAAAAUUUCGCCUGGUUGCAAGGUGCUAACGUCAACAACGAUGAAAUCGAUUUCGAAUUCGAACGAAUUAAACAAAACGUGCAAUCGGAAAAUUUGAAGAAAUCAUCGUUCAAGAAAACCAUCACAGCUCGAGCCAAUUACCGUAGUCUGUUCAUCGUUAUAACUCUUCAUGCACUGAGCGGAUGUACCGGAUAUUUUCCAAUAAUGUCUUACGCUUCGAUGGCAUUCUCAGCAUCGGAUAUCCUGACACCUGACCAGUUCACCAUAUUGUUCGGUGUGGCUCAGUUCAUCGUCGUCGUAUCAGCUUCUUUCUUCGUCGAACGUUUCAAUCGUCGAAGAAUAAUUUUAUUCUCGUUUUCAUUAACCGCCUUAUGUCAUGCAACAACCUCUGUCUUGUACUACUUCAACUCCAAUGUCCAUCAGAUUCCGUAUUUUCCAUGGUUGAUUUUUGCUUCGAUUACGCUAUUCGCGGGUGUAGACGCCGCUUUGUAUCCGGUUAUUUUCAUUAUAAGGGGUGAAUUAUUCCCAUUGAGUGUCAGAGCUAGUGGAGGUUGCCUUUCGGUAGUUACUUGGUCGGCUACUACUUUCGUAACGACUAAAAUUUUCCUUCAUCUGAGCGAAAGUUUUGGUAUAGAAGCUAACUUUAUUUUAUUUUUAAUCUUCACUUCGAUGACGAUGGUAUUUGUGUACUUAUUUUUACCCGAAACCAAAAACAAAACCUUGAUUCAAAUUCAAGAAAUGCUUGAGAAGACUGAAUGAGCUUUUUGAUAAAGUCUGAAAAGUUGAAUGUCUUAUUUUCUCAAUUGUUUUGUUUUCUUGUACGUGAAUUUAAAAUUUUUUCGAUCUUUUCGUAAUUCAUCCUGAGUCCUGUUUUUUUACUCAGAAUGAAGGUAUCCACUUAAUUUGAUCAAAAUCUUCCAACAUUUUUUUUCACGACCCUUCCAGCUACUAGAUUGCUUUCAAUAGUGCAAAACCAAUUUUUAAAAAAUUCCCAGUUUAUAAUUCAGCAUUCCAGAUGCAAAAUAUCUCAACUGCUCAAUGUUAAAAUUAUACAUUUAAACAUUCAUAAUACGUUGUAGGGAAUACCACCAGUACCUACUCCUAUACUUUGAGAUAAGCGUACCUACCUUCCAAAAAAGUACCCAUAAGUAAGUGAUAAAUGAUGCAAUAAAAUUCAUUCAGUUGUAAUCGUUAUAAGUGCAAGUUCACAUUGCGGUAAUUAUUUCAACAAAAUAAUGGUAAAAUCGAGGAAAACAUUCAACCAAGUUUUAUCACUUAUGACGGGUAAGCUUUCAUGAUUCCGUAAGUUUCUGAAAUUAUUUUUUUCAUUUUUUGAACUCAUUGAACAUUGAUUCGACUUAAAUUUCAGUGCUUUUCAACGAAUUAUCGUCAGGCAUCGCCAUUGGUUGGUUGGCUCCCACUUUGAUCGUAUUAAACAACCCAAAUGGUGUAUUUAGAGCAACCUUAGAUGAACGUUCGUGGUUAGCUUGCUUAGAGUACG